CUUUUAAAUUUUUUUUUUCCAAGGAUCUUGCUAACCUAACUGGAACCAUUGCUUAGACAAUAUGGACAAGGAUACACUUCUCAAGGCUCUUGCAGGCACAUUGGAUGCCAAUCCUCACACUAGAAGAGAAUCCGAACAACUGUUGCAUGUGUUUGAAAAACAACCUGGAUUCACUUCAUAUCUUCUUGAUCUUAUCGUAGAAGAUGGUGUUCCCUUAGGUAUCCAAAUAUCUGGGGCCAUUUUCUUCAAGAAUAGAGUGUCCAACUAUUGGUUGGCCCCUGAAGAUAAGGCUGGGUCUCCUGUCUACAUCCAAGCAUUUGAGAAAUCUGCUAUCAAGGAGAAGUUAAUCCAAACAUUGAUGCGCACUUACAGAGCUCAUCAAUUGAAGCUUCAACUUACUACUGCUCUUCAAAAGAUCUUAAACUCAGAAAAGUGGGAAGAGCUUCUCUCUGUCAUUAAGACUUUACUUUCAGACUCCUCUAAUGUGGAUAGCAUUUACACUGGUUUGUUAUGUCUCUUCGAAUAUUCCAAGUGUUAUAGAUGGACUUCUCUUGAAACUGGAUCUGGUAACCCAGUAUUUGAAGAAAUAACUACCGAGGUUUUCCCAAUUUUGGAACCUCUUGUCAACUCUUUGAUUGAAAGUACUGAUGAAAGCUCUCUUAUUCAAGAUGAAAUGUUAUAUUUAAUCGUUAAGAUUUUCAAAUAUAUUACUUUUUCAACCCUUCCUUCAUAUUUCAAGGAAAAUCCUUCUAAGUUGGGUGCUUGGUGUCAUUACCAUAUCCUUAUUAUCAACAAACCUUUACCUCAAUCCGUGAUGAAUGAAGAAUCUCUCGAAGCAAGAACUCAACACCCACGUAUCAAGGCAGUCAAAUGGUGUUUUGGUAAUCUCCAUCGUUUAUUGAGUCGUCAUGGUGGUGGUCAUGCAACUGGUGAUAAAACUUCAGAAUUUGCUACACAAUUUAUGCAAACUUUUGUACCAGAAAUCUUGAGUGUUUAUUGGACCAUUAUUGAAAAUUGGUCUUCCAAAAAGAUUUGGAUUUCAGAAGGUUCACUUUAUCAAAUGAUUUCAUUCUUGGAACAACUCAUUGAUACACCAGCUUGGCCAUUGAUUGAAGAUAAGUUGGAAGCUAUUGUUCGUCAUGUAUUAUUGCCUACAUUGAAUGCCAACUCUGAAACUGUUGAAUUAUAUGAAGAUGAACCUGAAGAAUAUAUUAGAAGAUUCUUUGAUAUCAACAGAGAAAGUAAUACUUCCGACGUGGCAUCCAUUAACUUUGUUUUCCGUCUUUCUAGUAAAAGAUUCAAGUCCACCAUUAACUUACUUUUAACCAUUAUUAACGAUGUUAUGAGUAGAAGAGCUUCUCCUGAUAGAGAUGAUUUAGCUACUGCCAUGGAAGUUGAAGGUGCUUUCAGAAUCUUAUCCACCUUAUCUCAUAAGUUGGACAAGAAGUAUUCACCAGUAGCUGGUAAAAUUGAUACGAUAUUACAUACUUUUGUAUAUCCAGAAUUAUCUCCAAAGACAAUUCAAUCAACUCCAUUUUUAACCGCACGUGCAUGUGAUACCAUCGCCAUGUUUGUCAACAAAUAUCGUGAUCAACAAAUCUUGCAAGAUAUCUUCCAAGGUAUCGUUGUUUGUUUCCAAACUCAAGAACACCUUCCUAUUCAAAUAACUGCAGUAGAUGCCUUGAGAACUCUUGUUGAAGAAGAACUUGUUGCAGAACAUAUUGCAGGUCAAGCUCCUCAAUUGAUGGGUACCCUUUUGGAUAUGUCCAAGAAGUUUGAGUCUGAUAUUCUUACUAGUGUUAUGGAUGCUUUUGUUGAAAAAUUCGCUAAAAACUUGGAACCAUAUGCAAAUGAGUUAGCCUUAAGAUUGACUGAACAAUUUAUUAAGUUGGCUUCUGAUAUAUUAGAACAACAAUCAACUAGUGGCAGUAAUAAUACUGAUAUUGAAAAGGAAUACCAAGCUGCUGGUAUCUUGACUACUUUGACCACUUUAGUCAUUGCUAUGAACUCUUCCCCACAAGUUGCUAGCUCAUUAGAGGAAGUUUUACAAGAUAUGAUCAAGUUUGUUCUUGAAAAUGCCAUGGUUUCAUUUUUACCUGAAAUUGUGGAAAUUUUAGAAUCUGUUACCUUUUCCACUCAAAGAAUCUCUCCAAUUAUGUGGGGAUUAUAUCAAGCUUGCAUUGAUUCAUUUGAAACCUAUGCAUUGGAAUACUUUGACACUUACCAGCCAUUCUUUGAAAGUGUUAUCAAUAUCGGAUUUAGUGAUCCUAAUGAAACUAUCGAAUCCCCACAUGUUCAAGCUUUGAUUGGUGUUUGUUUCAACAUUCUUCGUAGCGAAGCAUUUGAUCCAAUCUUUGGUGAUUGUGCAUUUGAACUUAUUGAGAUGACUAUUCUUAGUAUGAAUGCUAGAUUUGUACCAUUCCUUCCUCGUUUCUUACCAGAAAUCUUUGACGUUUUCAGCCUGCUUGAAGCUCAAGAAGCUUUUGAUGGACAUAUGUUACAUCACUUGUCUAUCUUGAAGAUUUUCUUCGCUUGUUUCUACAUUGAUCCAACAACUACAUUACAAUUUUUACAAGGAAGACAAUUUACUGCAGGAAUUUUCCAAUUAUGGAUCAAAUAUUCUGAUAGUUUCCAAAGUGUCUAUGGAUGCAAACUUCAAAUUCUUGCUGGUUUGUCAAUCUUGUGUGAUGCUGACUGGAGUAUGUUUGAACAAGAACCAGAUACUGUCCGUGAACUAGUGGACUUGUUGGUUUCAAACUUGGAAACAUUACCACAUGCUAUCAGAGCUAAACAAGAAAUCUUGGCCAAAGAAAGUAGCGUAAGACAAAUGGGAGAUGGUUUAGGUGGUGAUGAUGAAGACGAAGAUGAAGACGAAUACAGUGGUGCAUACGGUGGAGGAGAUGAAUACGAGGCCGACGAAGCCGAGUUAGAAGCUUUGAAGCAAACUCCAAUUGAUGGAGUUCAUGUAUUUGAAGUCUUCACUAACAAAAUAAUUCUUUUACAACAGAACAAUCAAAAGUACAAGGCAAUCUUUGGGGACUUAGACGAACAACAACUCGCGAUUGUCAACAAGGUUCUCGAAGUUAGCCAACAACAUCUGAAAGCUGGCUUUUAAUAGCAUUAGGUGAUAUAGAGUAUAAAAAGGAUCAACAAUAUAUUUAGUUUUUUUUUAAUUC